AUGACUAUAUACCUUAUCGUAUCUAAGGGUGAAGCUAGGGCCCAGAGACGACUAGUAAGUGAGGGAUUGGUAACCAUUCCGAGUCCAUGGGAUCGCAUUAACAUAUUCUCCAAACUUACAUUCAGUUGGGUGUGGAGUCUAUUCAUUCGGGCGCACAAAAGGGACCUUAAUUUUAGUGAUGUCUACCGGUGCCCAAAAUCAGAUGAGACACAUUUGGUCCGACAUAAGCUUGAAAUAAAAUGGGAUAAACAACUCAAAAGUAAAGGAAAGCCAUCGCUAUUUUGGGCACUAAUGACAUCGUUCGGACCCGAACUUAUUGAAUUGGUGCUGACCCUACUUCAGGCGUAUUGUAUCACUUAUUUGGUGAGAUAUUUCAACAAUGACCCCAACACUAGCCAGUGGUGGGCGCGGUGGGCAGCCCUGGUGGGGGUCAGAGUACGGACCGCCUGUUGCGCUCUUAUCUACCGCAAGUCUCUGCGCUUAAGUCACUCAUCACUCGGAAAGACAACGGUUGGCCAGAUAUUAAACAUUAUGUCUAACGAUAUCCACAGAUUUGAUGAGUUUGCAUUGCGAUCGCAAGCAUUAUUUGUGGCGCCAAUGCAGGCGGCGAUUGUGUUAUACCUGUUGUGGCCAUACCUUCGGUGGGCGUGUUUGGCCGGUAUGACAGCACUAAUGGGUCGUAUGUUUCGUAAUAUACGUCAAAAGACGGCCAAAUUAACCGACAGUCGAAUCCGUUUAAUGCAAGAGAUUAUCGCCGGAAUGCGUGUCAUAAAGAUGUACGCCUGGGAACAGCCCUUCGCAUUAUUGGUCGCAACCGCUCGCAACUGCUCAAACAAAGUUCCUUAUGACAAGGGCAGACUGUCCGAAGUGAAACAAAUUCGAUGGUCAAACUUUUUGAAAGGCGUUAAUCAGUCGAUUAAUUUUGUGUUAAUACGGGUUAUAAUAUACGCCUGUUUUCUAACAUAUGUACUGACGGGUGGGCUGUUGUCGGCGGAGACGGCUUUUGCUACUAUUGCUUACUUCGAUGCAAUACGUAUUACUAUAGGGUAUAACGCACCCAUGGCCGUUUCUGCUCUAGGUGAAAUAAUUUCAGUAAUCAAACGUAUGCAGGAUUUUUUAUUACUCGAAGAGAUGAGUGGUUUGGAUGAGAGAGAAGGGAAAGACAACGAGGCGUUCAUUUCGGGGGAAAAUGAGAUAAUUCUCGGAGUAAUAGAAAACACUUCGAGUAAUGAAGAAAAAGGCGUUUUUAUGGACAAAAUGAUCGUUCGUUGGAAUAAUGUAUGA